AUUGAUUUUGCGUCGGUGUCCGGAGGCGGCGGGCUGGGCGCGGACCAAAUCGUCGAGGAGGGGCAGGGGGAGGCCGCGGAGGACAAGGGCGGGCCGCCCGGCCUGCUCGACGCUCCUCCCGGCGUCCUGUUGGAGGUCAAGAAGGAGGCCGUGGUGCUGCUGGGCGGCGGAUUGGGCGGGGUGCCUGCUCCCGUGUUGCGGAUUGGCGAUUUCGUUGCACAAGAGGAUAGUUUGGGGGCAGCGAUUGAUGCCGAGAUGUGUACUGUAGCUGCUGGUGAUGCUGAUGCUAGUAGCGUAGCUGCCGUUCAUGCCGCGGCUAGUACUGUACCUCCGGAUGAUGCUGAGAUGAGUACAGUAGCUGCUGUUGCUGCUGACACUAGUGCCAUGGCUGCUGUUGACGCUGAGACUAGUGCCAUGGCUGCUGUUGAUGCUGAUACCAGUGCCAUAGCUGCUGUUGAUGCUGAGACUAGUACCGCUGGGGCUUCUGUUGACGCUGAGAUGAGUGCCAUAGGUGCUGUUGAUGCUGAUACUAGUACCAUUGCUUCUGUUGAUGCUGAGAUGAGUUCUGGGGCCAUGGUAAAUAAGGAAGUGGAGCGUGGAGGAGGCAAGGGGGAGGAGGAGAGCAAGGACGAAGAGUCGGAGAGCAGCGAGGAUGAGGAAUUAAGUGAAGCCUCAUCAAGCAGUGAUGAGGAGGAGGAGCCGGCCAAGAAUGAUGAGGAGUCGAGUGAAGCCUCGUCGAGCAGUGAUGAGGAAGUGCCGGUGGCCAAAAAGCAUAGUUGUCCCAGUGACAUGGAGGCCCUCCUUGAAGAGGGUGAGCUUAUGGCUGGAGUCGAGGAUGAGGAUGAUGACGAAACACCAAAGGGUCCUAUCAAGUCCAAACAUGAAGUAGAGGUACUUCCUCCAGUUCCAAAGAUUGAAGUGCAGUUGGAACCGCAUCAUAAGGCACUUCCAGUGGGGACAAUUACAGCUAUCAUGGGGGAGAGAGUGAUUGUUGAAGGAUCAGUGGAACACAGUCCCCUGACUGAGGGUUCUAUACUCUGGAUAACUGAGAGCAGGACGCCACUUGGCAUUGUUGAUGAAAUAUUUGGACCUGUAAAAAACCCUUACUAUCUUGUGCGGUAUAAUUCCGUGGAAGAAGUGCCUGCUGGGAUCAGUGCAGGAACUACAGUCUGCUUUGUUGUGGAGUUUGCAGAUCAUAUCCUAAAUAUGAAGGAGCUAUAUGCCAAAGGCUAUGAUGAAUCUGCUGACCAUGAUGAGGAGGCAGAUGAACCUGAAUUCUCUGAUGAUGAGCAGGAGGCUGAGUACAAAAGAUCACUACGACUGGUAAAAAGGCAGACUGAUAGGCCGCAUGAUUCUAAGAAACCUUCUGGUGACAAGAAGAGGGCGCAGACCAGGGGUGCUGGAUUUCGAAAUGACAUGCCACCAAGGAUCCACAAUACACCGACAUCUGGUCACCAGUCACAGCGUCGUUUCCACCGCUCGGAUAUGGCUGACAGUGUGACAUAUCAUUCGGGUCAACAAAAUUCUCCGAUGAGUACACCAAGGGACAUGCCACCUAGAAUCCAUGAUGCAUCAACAGCAGAUCGCCGAGCACAGCCUCUAUUUCACCGGUCUGAUAUGGCAACUGCUGUUGCUGACAGCGCAACACGACAAACAGGUCCUCAAAACUUUUCUAUGAGCGCACCAAAAAUGCUGCCAUCAAUCUCAAUGAAUCAUGCUAUGCCAUCACCUGUUCAACUUGCAAAUCAGAUGGGCAGUUGCUUCAUCAAUCCACAGCAGUUCUCUCAGCAGCCAAAUAUGGUUUGGCCCGGCGGGCUUCCACCUCCAGGGCAGCCAAACAUGGGAGUUGAUGGAGCUGCUCUUGCAGCUAAUAUUAUGCAGAAUAUACUUAUGGGAGCCAACCAGUUCCAGCAGUAUUUACAGAAUCAGAACUUUGGUGGCUUCCCAAAUGGAAUGCCCAUGGCCCAACAACAAUUUAUGCCAGGGAGCACAAUGAGUGCAAACAUGAUGCCAUUUGGUGGACCGCCAGUAAAUCAUCCUUUUGGUCAGGCAUCUCAAUUUUCUAUGGGGCAAGGCAACUUUGGUCAGUUUCCACACAUGGCUGGCAACCAAGGGCCACCUGCUGGAUUUCCCAACACCCAAGGAUUUGGGCGCUUCCCAUCACAACAUGAGGAUGGAGAUCAGCCUCCUGGAAAUGCAAACAUGCAAGGACAUGGGCGCCUCCCUUCAACGCACGGAGAUGGAGGCCAGCCUCCUAUGCAGUUCAAUUCCCUACCAUCACCCCGCGGAGAUGGAGGUCAGCAGCCUCCUAUGCAGUUCAAUUCCCUACCAUCACUCCGUGGAGAUGGAGGUCAGCCUCCUAUGCAGUUCAAUUCGCUGCCUUCACCCCGUGGAGAUGGAGGUCAGCCUCCGAUGCAAUUCAAUUCGGGGCAGUUUAAUCAGGGGAACUCAUCCUUCCGUGGUAGAAGACCACAACAACGUGGAGGCCGACAUUCACCAGGGAGAGGUGGUGGUGGCGGACGGCAUCGCAAGUAGUUAGCCAGUGGUGGUACUUCCACCCCUGGUGUAAUUUUGACUCGUGUUGGAUGAAUUUGGGUUAAAUUCACAUGCAUGCUGCUCCCAUGUACUUGCAAACAAGCAGUGUUCCCAGUUUCAUGUAAUACGCAUGUUGUUGCUUGUUGUAAUGCCCAUUCAUCCAUGAUAGCUACUGAGGUGUCCUGUGCGUGCUCCUAUGUGGAAUUUGAUGCAUUUCUUAUUUAUUGGCUGUAUCUUUCAGUUUCUUGAUGUAUCCUGUUGUUUGGAGGGA